AUGGUUCUAUUUCAUGCUAAUACUCACAUUUUUCAUAACGAUUUUAAUUCAGUGACUAGUGUAGUAUUUAACAAAUAUCCUAACCCAUAUGCAACACACGUAUUAUCUAUUGAUACGAUAUCUAGAAAAGUAGAUGAGAAUGGAAAUCUUCUAACAACUAGGCUUAUUAGAAAAAAAGGUAAAUUACCUAAAUGGAUAGAAUAUAUUGUAGGCUCUAGAAUUACUGAAUCAUGGAUGAUUGAAUUCACAAUGGUAGACCCAAAGAAGAAGAUUAUGAAAAGUUUUAACAGAAAUAUUGAUCAUGUAAGAUUGUUACAAGUUGAAGAAUAUACUACAUAUCAAUAUAAUGAAAGCGAAAAGUAUACAGCAGUGAAUAGUAAAGUGAAAUUCACUAGUGGAUUCCAUGUAGGAAUCAGAAGUAAAAUAGAAAAGAUGUCGUUGAGUAGGUUUGAAAGUGGUGUUGAGAAGAGUAGAUUAGGGAUGGCUUUAGUAAUGAAAAAAGUAGAAGAACAAAGAAACCGAAGUUCAUUACAAGAUAUAAUAUGA